CCGCCGGCAAAAUCAGCGAUCUGCAAAGCACUCAGGAGGCGCUCAAGGACCUCGAGAUUCUCCAGAGAUUGCUCGAAUCGGGUGCCGGCGAGGGUGCGGCGGUACAGGCGAUCGGACUGUAAUCACGGCGGUGAUAUCGCGGCACAGCACCUAGGCACCAGGCUGGCGGGUUGGUUUCAGCAAGCGUCAUCCCUGUGGCCUAUUGGAGAUGCAUAAUGAAUGCAAUCAAAGCGACUUUUCCACUCAACUCUCAAAUCUGAUUUGUGUGUUGUUGUUGUGAGAACGGCGCCACAUCCUCGGACAACCCGACCCCUUCCCAAGAUUUCUUUUUGAAUAUCAGGUAAAAUACCUUAAACUGAGAGCGAUGCCGCCAGCGGUUCAGCAGCAAGCACACAAGCUAGAGCCAAGCCCCAAACUCGGGCCUAAAACCAAGAAUUUGUUUGUGAGGCUCUUGGGUUCAACGCUCGGCGCCCUCAGCCUCAGCGCGAUCCUGUACUCCUUGUUUCUCGGUCUUCUCACGAUCCCACUUCUCCAGGACCAUGCCAUUUACCUCCACGGCGUAACGCUCACCGGGAAUCAAGAUGUCAGCGUUGCUGAGCAAUGGGGAUUCCUCCCAAACCAAGUCACCCCCUUUACACUUGACACGCCCGACGGGAUAACACUCCACACCUGGCACAUACUUCCGCUAGGCAUUUACCACAAGCACCAAAAAGAGCUCAUCAAGGAGCCCGAAGGCUUAGUAGAGGACAUUACGGACCGCAUGUCUUUCAAGUUACUUCGUGACGACCCGGAGGCGCUGCUCCUGCUUUACUUUCACGGAGCAGCUGGCACACUCGCAUCAGGAUGGAGACCACCGAGCUACCGGGCCAUGUCCGCCGCGGCCCUUGAUAAGAUUCACACAGUUGCUAUCGACUACCGUGGCUUCGGGUCCAGCAGUGGAGUCCCCUCGGAACACGGCCUCCAGACCGACGCCAUCACCCUGGCCAAGUGGGCUGUGCAGGAAGCUGGAAUUCCGCCCUCUCGCAUCGUCAUAUUCGGCCAGUCUUUGGGAACGGCAGUGGGAAUAUCGCUCGCAGAGCACUACGCCGCCCAGCCACACCCAACGCUCUUUGCCGGCCUGGUUCUGGUAGCACCCUUCGCAGACGUGGAACUGCUGACAGCCACAUACCGCAUCGCCGGGAUUGUUCCCAUCCUCGGUCCUCUUGCCCCGUUUCCCCGACUUCUGGCCUUCUUCAACACCUUCAUCCUGAGCAAGUGGCUUAGCAAGGACAAGCUGGCUGCAUUCGUUCGACAGUGUGAAGACAUGGUCGGGGACGGCCUCAAGUACCACAUCGCCAUCAUUCAUGCCCAGGACGACUACGACAUCCCCUGGUCUCACAGCGACCGGCUGUUCUGGCAUGCUGUCAAUGCGUCCCGGCCCAGUGGUAUUGCGUUUGAGGAUCUAGAGGAGGAGAAGGGGCGGAAUAAGCAGAUGUUGGGUUCGGCUGGCUGGGUGGCGGAACACCGGACAGGAAAAGGGGUCGUCAGGGAGGAGAUCGCCAGGUGGGGACUACACGACAGAAUCAUGUCGUACCCGAUUGUGAGCCUCGCGGUGCUGAGGGCGUUUGGGGGAGAGUGAAAUCUGGGGACUUGCCCACAGGACACAAGCUUCAACAUAAUCCCCAGAUCACGGAUAAUAGCAACUGUCAUAUUUACGAAAUAGAA